AUUAAAAUUUAAAAAUCAACGUUGCACGUUAAAGUAUCUUUAUUAAUUGAAGAACAGAUAAUUCUUGCACAAGAUAGUCCACGAUAUGAAUAGUGACACUCAACCAACGAACACGUCUAAUUACGAAAAACAAAAAGAACUUAACACACAAAUUAAUAAUUCUGAUGAUCUUCAGGUAACCGGCCAAAUAUUUGGUAAUCUGAAUCAGUCUACUGAACAAAAACAGAAAUUAGAUUCUAAUUUAACAUCGACAUCCCAUAUCUCGCCUUUAUCUACAAGAUAUAUAGCAGGUAACAAGCAUCAAACCUACAAAUUAGUGGACAGCAAACAAGUCUCGGGAUUUCAAUUUGAUAAGAAGGCAUUUCUUCUCGAUACUUACGCCCGUAUUGCUGCUAGCAAUUACAGACGUUAUCCUAAACGAAUACGCGAACUUGCUAAACCAAAGAAACAAGCUCAUCAUAGCGAUCAAGACGACAUUGCUGUGAAUUUUACUCUAAACUACGGCCGUGUAACCAAGACUUACCGUACGGAAGACAAACGCAAUUAAAAGAAUUAAAGAAGAAAUAGCUUGAUUAUCAUAAUAGAGUGUUUCAAUCAAUUUUUUAACAUGACUAAUACAGUUUCAAACAAUAUAAAAAAUC